CGCAAAGUGCAACAAGGAAUAUCCCUGGGUCCUCCUUGGAGUGUAUCAGUGUAUUUUUGUCACCCAGUGCCCUCGUGUUCCGUCUUGACGUUCUUCGUCGUGUCGACACGGACGGUUGAAGGAUAAUGUCUCGUCUCCCCUCAUAGGAAGAGACAUACAACUGGCUUCACAAGAGGAUUUCAAUUUACAGAAGGAUUCCACCGCUGUUUUUCAUGCCCUUCAUUUGCGUCAUCCGUAGGACCUUUCGAGAAUGCCGCUCCAUUCAGCCUCGUGCAUUAUUCGUACUAGACGCAGUGGUACCUAGUCGAGCGUUGAAAAUGACGUGAGAAGCGGCGCAUUGUCAAGCGGCGUUGAGUGUACCCUGCUCAUUUUCGCCAGAGUUAUCUUUAUGCAGCGAAGCACAGGUUAAAUGACCCUCAUAGACGUUGCUGUUUUCGGCAUCAGAGGGAACCGCGUAACUCAUCACUGGUGGUAAACAAUGGUGGAGGACCCAGGGAGCUCUUCUUCACGAUCCAACGAAGUUGCACCGAAGAGAAAAAUUUCAGUUGUGAAGAGGCUCUGCAAGGACUGCUGCUUUUCCAAAAGCUACGUCAGACAACAAAUGUAUUGGAGAGGCGGUGAAACCCCGCCCUUCAACUGUCUUCCUGCGCUCACCACCAUCAGUCCUCUCUUAUCGUUGAGCUGAGUUGAUUCUUGAUACCCCUCAGUCACCCUGGGAUCUGCAGUCGGUUUUUUGUGGAGUGCUUUUGUAAACGAGCAAGUUUCAUCCCAGGUCUCCAGUUGUUGUUGCCUCUGUUCCGUUCUUUUUGUAAAGCAGCUAGCGUUGUCCUCGGCCUCCACUUGCUUUCCUCUCUGUGCGCCCUUCGCCCCCGCGGUCGUCCGCUUCUCUCCCCUGUGUGUCGCUGCUGUGGUGCCGCGACUCCUUUUUUUUGCCCCGCAGUACGUUUGUUCGGAUAUUAAAACACUCACACCAUGGAGGCGAACAGCUCCUCGUCGUCGCUACCGAGCGUCCAGAAGUUUUUCUCAGAUAUUCGGACGGCGUGUAGGGAGGCAGUUGCGGUCAAUCAGGUGCUUCAGAUGCUCGUUGAUGAAAUGAACUCCGGCGGGGAGCUGAUGACGAUGGACCAGCUGAAGGCUGCUGCAGACUACGGGAAAGAUAUUAGACCCCAGGUGGCAGGAUUGGCAACAGGCACUGCUGCCGCGCUCGCCAUCAAAGCGACAGGCGCUUUUAAAAAUUCCCCAGUUUGGAAACCUGCGGCCGUUGUUCUCCCUGCUUGGUUUGCCGGGUUUGCACUCUUUCGCCUCUACUCGAACUUCAACUUUGUGCGCAUUUCCAUGCGAGACGGCGAUUCAAAGCUUGCCAGGCAGCUGCGAGCAGCGUACAAGAAGGCAGCUCCACCGGGGAGCACGACACUCGAGAAUUCGUAGCCGUGUACGCAGAACCCGAAUGGCGGCAGCAGGAGUGUCAUUUGUGUAUUUUAUUUCACUGAGGGCGCAGAUUCGCGACGUUCUUUUCAAGAAUGCUUUGUAUUGUCGGGGGUUGAAAGGCCCGACAGAUGCGAGAGUCAGAAGCGGGUAGAAGAUAAACAUAUGAGAGUUCUGGUGUGCACGGAUCCACAGGAGACUUUAUCUCGCGUGUAACGAUGUCUUUCGUUUGCAGUACCGCCGUCUUGAUUUGUUUUCUGCCGUUUCGUGAUGGGGGAUGCGGUUACUGAGAACAUGUGAUUCUUCGUGUACCUGCCGGGCCUUGCAUCCCUCCGCCUCUUGCCUUGACACUGUGGCGGUUCCUCGCCUCAGACAAUUUGUCAACUGCGCUAGAUUUCACGUUUAACAACUUUGUUCAACAAACGUGGAAGCAUGGUUGUGCCCACUCGACCGCCU